AUGCAGCUGGUCCAGUCCUCGCUGAGUGUGCUGCUGGUGCUGCUGGCGCUCCUGUGCGGCGAAAACAAAUUCCACCGCUGGAAGGUGAACGCGGCCAUCAGCGCCUUCCAGCCGACCAUCUUCGACAGCGCCCAGUGGCGCGUCAUCUUUCACCUGUACCGGAACGUCACGAUGAUGAUGGCCGGCCGGACCGGCUACAAGACGAGCGGCAAGUUCCUGCAGAACAAAAUCCCCGAGCGCGUCCCGUUCCCGUGCGACGUGGCGCUCGGCCGCAGCCCGGAGCCACCGACCAGCGUCCACAAGCUGCGCCCCGGUGACAUCAACGUGGUGGCGGCGGUCGGCGAUUCCGUCAUCACCGCGAGCGGUGCAUCGGCCACCAGCUUUCUCGAGCUGUACACGGAAAACCGGGGCCUAUCCUGGUGUAUCGGUGGCCAGUGGGGCUGGCGAAAUGCCACCACACUGCCGAACAUUUUAAAAAUGUUCAAUCCCAAGCUGGUCGGUUACUCGUAUCGGGACUCCUACAGCUUCCACCGGGAUUCGCAGUUCAACAACGCCGAGAUCGGGGCCGUCUCGAAGGAGCUCCCGCACAUGGCCGCCCAGAUGGUGACCCGCAUCCGGACGGACGGGCGCGUCAACUUUCAGAAGGACUGGAAGCUGCUGACGAUCACGAUCGGCGGCAACGACAUCUGUGCGUACGUCUGCACUCUGCAGGAUCCGGAGUCGCUGCCGCUACGUCAUCGGCGGUCGCUGCUGAAGAUGUUGCGCUAUCUGCGUGACAAUCUACCGCGGACGCUGGUUAACAUCGUGUCCGUUCCGGAUGUGUCGACGGUGGUUUCGAUCAAACAGAAGCCGAUGAUGUGCUGGAUCCUGCACCACGCCGAGUGUCCGUGCUGGGUGGGGCCGAUGCACAACUCUACCAAAGAAUCGCGAGCCAGAUGGGCUCGAAUACAAACGCAGUACCGUAAAGUCGAGGAGGAGGUAGCCAUGCUGGACGAGUUCCGGGGUCUGGACGAGUUCGCGGUCGUCCACCAGCCGUGGACAAGAAACCUUUCGGUGAUGAAAGGCAAAGAGGUCGAUUAUUCGCUCCUUUCUUACGACUGCUUCCAUAUGAGUCAGAAAGGUCACGCACAAGCGGCCGUUGCCUACUGGAACAAUCUGCUGGAACCGCCGGGCAAGAAGAGCACCGGCUGGAAGCCGGGCAUCGACGUGUUCCACUGUCCCUCGCAGCAGGCCCCGUACAUCUACACCUACGACAACAGCUAG